CAGAACAUCGGCAGAGGAGGGAGCAGCGCUCACAGCUGAAGCGAGCCUCACUGUGAAGCACAUCAACAAGCAAGCAUGGCCCUGAGUGUUUACUUCCCUGCGAUGCACGUGAUGGAGAGGAGCGUCUGGCCAGGCUGGCCGGUCUGGAAGCCCCGCGGUGAAAGCCUCUUCCAGCAGCUGCAGCGAUACAUGAGGAGCGAGAUCGAGAGGAUGGAGAGAAUCUUCCGUGGAGUCGAUCAGCUCAGCAGCCACACGUGGGCUCCGGGCAGCCUCGGAGACGCACUGCUGCAGCAGCCGGCCGUGAGCAGUGGGUUCCAGAUUGAAGAUCCACAGGAGCAGGGAGACGGGUUUGUCGCGUCCCUGGACGUGCAGGACUUCUCCCCACAGGACCUGGCCGUGAAGGUGUCUGGAGACAAGCUGGUGGUGGCUGGACGGCGCGAGGUGAAGAGCGGAGAAGUCAGCAGCGGCAGCUACAGCCACAGCUGCCAGGAGUUCCACAGGGAGACGCAGCUGCCCAGGGACGUGGACCCGCAGAGCGUGAGCUGCUGCUUGACCCAAGACGGGAAGCUGAAGGUCAAGGCUCAGCGCCGCGCCCUCCCUGCAGCGGCCGAGAGGGUGGUGGCCAUUGAGCAGCCAGCGACAUCGACUCCUGGCACGGCCUCUCAGUCCACUGGCUCCACUCACGCGUAGAGUGGCGUCCUGGAGCAUCCAUUACAGCAACCUGCUUCAUUGAUGUUUUUAUUGUACGGAUAUUACUGGUAGGAACCUCCUGGUUACACCAGCCCACAGGGGAUUAUUGUGUCCGUCGUGCAGGGAGGGGCUGGGUGGGGAGGGGCUGGGUGGGGUGGGUGGGGCUGAGUGGGGGGUGGGAGGGGUGGGGCUGGGGGGGGGGAGGGGCUGGUCACCCCGUGGUGCCCUUAUAAAACUCAACGUUUAACCUACUCACGCCAGCUUGUGCCCGCCCUCACAGUCGGGAAUAUUUGCAGAAUGCACCACGCCGCCGUUGACCCUGGCCAUUGACCGAGCAACCCAACGUUCCUACCACCUCCACAGGAAUGUGUUUAGUUAAAGCAGUUUCUAUUCACGCUAUGUUAACUAAUAUUUCAUUUUUCAGAGUUCACAUUCAACUCCAUUGGAGUAAGUGUAUCGCUGUGCAUGAUUGUCAAAUUGUAUUGCAUCGUGUUAAUUUGCAAUUACACGAUCAUAUAUUACAAUAAGAUAAUGCUAAAUGUUAUCUUCAAGUAUUUUUCAUCGUUAUACAUUGCUAUUUUUCACGUAGUGCCCAUUUUUAACUGAAUCUAAAUAUUUAUUAACAAAACUAUACUCUUUUUUGGCAAUGGUAAAUGACGAAUAUUUUUUUAACAUAAUAAAAUGCCUCUUAAUUUCAUGAAA